CACGUCUGUACAAUACCAAGUUCACUCGUUUAAGCUACUCUUAUACGUCCAAAAUGAAGUUUCUUGCGUGUUUUUUAGUCUUGUCUGUCUUCCUCUUCUUGGGGCAAACUUAUGCGCAGUGUCCGAAUGCGCCGCAAUAUUAUAGCUGCUCGGGCGGUUAUCACAGUGGUAGAAGCGGCGGCGGUUGUUAUGCCGGUACAAGAUGGUACUACCAUCCGGGUAGCAGAAGUUGUAGCAGCUUCUAUUAUUAUGGCUGUGGUGGUAAUGCGAACCGUUAUUGUUCACUUGGCGCCUGUCAACAAAGAUGUACUCCACGUGGUUAGUGCUGCAGUAUGCAAUAUCAAGUUAACAUGAAAUGUACAUACAUAUGUCGAUCGAU